UGUGGCUCUGCCAGAGGCGGCGCUGCGGGUGUCCGAGAGGCUCUCGUUGCCCUCUCGGGUGAAGUGUUCCASGAAUAAGUGAAUCAUAGCUGUGAAGAAACUAUGAAGAAUAUCAGUUUGGUCAAUCUCAGUAAACUUCUAGACGACUUCUCAGUGAUAGAAAAAAAAAUAUCAGAAAUUACUGAAGCAAAUAACCUACUUAUUCUUCAGCUGGAAAAAUCUAGUAUGUUGGUAAAAUUAAGCCUUUCUAAAGAAGAGUCAGCAAAAGAAGAAUGUAGUGCUCUGCAGAAUGUGAUAAAUGGUCUAACACAAACAGUUGAAAACCAAUGUAAUGUGAAAGAUGAAAAUGAGAGACUGAAAGAUAACAUUCAAAUUUUGGAAGAGAAAUUAACUGCUCGUGAACAGGAAUAUAAACUUCAGAUUGAGAAGCUUUUGAUGGAAAUUAAAAACAAAGAGGAAGACCACAAAGUACAAAUAACAAGACUGAAUUGUGAUAUGAAAAAACAAAUUGAACUAAUGGAAGUGGAGUAUAAAGAAAAAAUAGAGAAAAAAGAACUGGAAAUACUGAAGUUAAACAGACAGCUGAAAACUCAAGAUGAAGAGAAGCAGAAUGAAAUAAUUAAACUGCAGAUAGAGUUYAAUGCUAAAUUAGCAAGAGUUCAGAAUAAAACAGCAAAAUCGUUUCCAGAUGCGUCUGUCCUGCCACAAAGUAUCUAUCGAAGGAAACUGCAGCAUCUCCAGGAGGAAAAAAACAAGGAAAUUGAAAUUCUGCGUAACACCAUAAGGGACUUGGAGCAACGUCUUAAUAAAGGGCAGGACCUGCACUUCAAACGGAAGCGGUUUUGAGAAUACCUCCUGCUGAAAUACCUAUUUCUGGUUCUCACUGUGCACAAAGUGUCUCAGACUGUGCACUUCAAAAGUGAAAGCAAAGUACAAAGAAAUAUUGAGAAAAAUGUUUAUUGAAAAACUCUCAUAUCAAGUAUUCCGUAAACAUGCAUUCUGUUCAGUAUUACUUUCUCACUAGUCAGUAUUCACCAUAAGAAGCUUCAGGUUUUGUAGGAGUGAGUUUCCCUAUUAAACCAUCAUUAAUUAUGGUGUUUGCUCUCAAAGUGGU